AUGGUCACCUUGGCCCUCUACGUAAGGCAUGCAGUGGCAUUGACCACCACAAAUGGCAGUGUCACCGCCAUAGGGGACUGGGAGACAGGAUCCCCAGAGCCCUACCGGGAAUGCCUGCUGGGAGCAGGGAAGGGGCAGGGAUUCUUUAGUGAACAGCCCCCUCCCCACCGCCUGCAUCUGCAGGGAUGCAGCACCCAGUCCAGCAUCCGGCCUGAUCAACACGGAGCAGCUCCUGCCAGCCGUUCCCGAGUGUCCGUGCCAGCCGCCCCGCUCGGAGCGCCGAUAAGGCCUACAUUUACAUGUGGAGGAGUUGUAUCUGGAGAGUCGGGGUUUAUUGGGAGUGAAGGAUUUCCUGGCGUCUACCCACCAAACAGCAAAUGUACUUGGAAAAUCACAGUCCCAGAGGGAAAAGUGGUGGUUCUUUCCUUUCGACAUUUAGACCUGGAAAGCGACACUCUGUGCCGGUAUGACUUUGUGGAUAUCUACAGCGGCCACGCCAGUGGACAGCGCAUCGGCAGGUUCUGUGGUACUGUGAAACCAGGCGCCCUUGUAUCCAGCAGCAAUAAAAUGUUGGUGCAGAUGACUUCAGAUGCUAAUACUGCUGGAAGUGGAUUCAUUGCAAAGUUUUCUGCAGCAGAACCACAUGAAAGAGGGGACCAGUACUGUGGGGGACGGCUGGAGAAGCCAUCGGGGACCUUCCACACGCCCAACUGGCCGGAGCGGGACUACCCUGCGGGAGUCACCUGUUCCUGGCACAUUGUGGCUCCGAAGAACCAGCUAAUAGAGUUAAAGUUCGAGAAGUUUGAUGUGGAGAGAGACAACUACUGCAGAUAUGACUAUGUUGCAGUGUUCAAUGGUGGGGAAAUCAAUGAUGCUAAAAGAAUUGGGAAGUACUGUGGAGACAGUCCCCCAGCGCCUAUUCUGUCUGAGAAAAAUGAGUUGCUCGUUCAGUUUUUGUCUGAUUUAAGCUUAACAGCUGAUGGUUUUAUUGGCCAUUAUAAAUUUAGACCAAAAAAGUUACCCACAACUACAGCUCCACCUACAACCUCAACAGUCCCUGCUACCUCAAUUGUGAAACCUACAGUUGCCCUGUGCCAGCAGAAGUGUAAAAGGAGUGGGACUCCGGAAAGCAAUUACUGUUCAAGCAACUUUGUAAUCACUGGAACUGUAAUCACAGCAGUAACACGGGCUGGCAGUCUGCAUGCAACAAUAUCCAUCAUUAAUGUAUAUAAGGAGGGAAAUUUAGCAAUCCAACAAGCUGGCAAGAAUAUGAGUGCCAAGAUUCUUGUUAUUUGUAAGCAGUGUCCUCUCAUCAGGAGAGGUUUAAACUACAUCAUCAUGGGCCAGGUAGAUGAAGAUGGCAGAGGCAAAAUCUUUCCCAACAGCUUUGUAAUGAGCUUUAAGACUAAGAACUCAAAGAUCCUAAAUACCUUGAAAAACAAAACAUGUCAAAAUUGAAGUCUGCAGCUGCAUUCUAUCAUCUGUCUUGAGAAACCAUUUUAACUUAGAAUAAGUAAUGGAAAUGCAACUGACUGCCAGCAGUACAACCAUGCUGACCCUUUCCCUCGUGUCCACAUCAGCACACUGGCACAAAGUGAAAUCCUUUACUUGUACAAGAUGAGAACAGACCCGCCUAAAGCUGAAAGCCUAAGAUUUGCAGCACAGCCAUCUGAUCUCAAACAUACAAAUUCCAAUUACUUGGAAGAUGUUAAUUUAAAACUGUCCAAUUUUUAAAGGAGUUUUUUACGUAAAAUAAGAAUUCUAAGUGCAAUAUUUAUAGCAACUCAGUUUAACUUAGCUCUAUUUCUCUAAAGUUGUUUUAUUACAUGGAUUUCUGCAU